AUGAAAGUAUUAGCUGCUGCCGAUGAUACAGGGAGUUUGAAAGAAAUUACUUUCCCAAAAGGUACUGAUACAUCAUCUCAAAAAGCUCCACAACCUGAAAAAAUUGAAACAUAUAAUAAUGAAGGUCUUAAAAAUCGUGUUCAAAGGUUUUUAAUAACAUCAGCUAAUGAAAAUGAAGUGAUAGCUACUGCGAGGGCAAAUGGUAAUAUUGUUUUUUAUAAUUCUGAAAAUUAUGAAUUAAUUAAUACAAUUUUAAAUCCAUUUGAUUCAUCAAUAAAAGAUCAAUUUGUUUCUUUGAUUAAUGCUUCUGGUUAUUUAUAUGCUGUUUCGGAACAAGGUAGAGUCACUAUAAUUGAUCCUGAUACUAUAUUUGAAGAUAAAAUUAAUUAUAAAAAUUUGACAAUUAAAGCACCAAUUUCAACAUUUGUAUCACAUCCAACUCAAGAAGGACUUUUCGCAUUUGGUGGUAAAGAAAAUGAUGUUAAAUUGAUUAAAUUUUUCAAAGAUGGUGAAACUCCAUUUGAUAAAAAGGAACUUAAAGUUGAAACUGUGUUUCAAGGUAAAAAUGUUAAAAAUGAUAAACUUGAUCUUAGAGUUCCAAUAUGGAUAACAAAUAUUUCAUUUAUAAAAUUAGAAGAACAUACUGAAUCUUCAUGGAAAUUUAUUACAACAACAGGUCAUGGACAAGUUAGAAAAUAUGAUACAUCACAUGGUCGUAAACCUGUUUUGGAUAAAAAAAUUUCUGAUAAACCACUUGUAAGAGUUGUUACAACUUCAAAAGAAGAUGAAAUAAUAUGUGCAGAUACUCAUGUUACAACUGCUUUAUUCAAUGUGGAAAAGGGUAAUUUAAUUGCCAAAUUUAAAGGUAAUGUUGGUGCCGUGGAAGCUUUAUCUUCACAUAUCACUGAAGAUUCUGAACUAUUAGUUACAGGUGCCCUAGAUAGAUAUAUUAGAAUAUUUGAUAUUAGAUCAAGAGAACAAGUUGCAAAGAUUUAUAUUGGUUCUAAAAUUAGUGCAGUUUGGUUAUUAUCUGAUGAAGAAACUGAAGGUGAAAUUAAAAUUAGAACUGAUGCUGAAAAGACUAAAAAGAAAAGUAGAAAACAAAUUGAACAAGAAGAUGAAGGUAAUGAAGAUGAAGUUUGGGAUGAAUUAGAUAAAAUAGAGAAAAAAUCUACAAAAAAGAGAAGAGUUUAG